GGCGGGGCCGCGGCGGCGCGCGCUCCCGGAACGCGCGCGGCGCAGGCGGCGCGGAUCGCAGGGAGCCGGUCCGCGGCCGGAACGGGGUCCCGGGUGUGCGUGCGGAACGGGGCUCGGGGGAGACGGUAGCGAUGAACACGGUGCUGUCGCGGGCGAACUCGCUGUUCGCCUUCUCGCUGAGCGUGAUGGCGGCGCUCACCUUCGGCUGCUUCAUCACCACCGCCUUCAAAGACAGGAGCGUCCCGGUGCGGCUGCACGUCUCGCGGAUCAUGCUAAAAAAUGUAGAAGACUUCACUGGACCUAGAGAAAGAAGUGAUCUGGGAUUCAUUACAUUUGAUAUAACUGCUGAUCUAGAGAAUAUAUUUGAUUGGAAUGUUAAGCAGUUGUUUCUUUAUUUAUCAGCAGAAUAUUCAACAAAAAAUAAUGCUCUGAACCAGGUUGUCCUUUGGGACAAGAUUGUUCUGCGAGGUGAUAAUCCAAAGCUGCUGUUGAAAGAUAUGAAAACAAAAUAUUUUUUCUUUGACGAUGGAAAUGGCCUCAAGGGAAACAGGAAUGUCACUUUAACCCUAUCUUGGAACGUUGUACCAAAUGCUGGAAUUCUACCUCUUGUGACAGGAUCAGGUCACGUAUCUGUCCCAUUUCCAGAUACAUAUGAAAUAACGAAGAGUUAUUAAAUUAUUCUGAAUUUGAAACAACAUAUUUUUAUACUUAAUGAAUCAUAUCUCGUUUUUCUCUUCCCUUGCAUCUUCAUUUGGUUGGUACUUUUCUUUUUUGGGGGGGGUGGUAUAAGAACUAAUAUCAAAGGCGUAUUUGAAGGGAAAGGUUAAUAUGCUACUUAAUUUUACAAGCAAAACACACACAAAAAAGGCCGCCAGAGUGGAGUAUUAUAAAAAUAAGACAACUACAUAAUAAAGAUUUGUAAAAAAUUUAUGAGGUAUUCCCUAUAUGUCCAUUAUUCCUUAUGGAAUAUACAGUGAGCAUGAAGAGUGGUUAAAACUUUUAGGUGCCUGUGGAGUUAUAAGAACUGUAUUUUAGGCCUUGCAUUCAUGCAAGUUCACAUUGGGUGUGAUUCAGAAGUGGACAUUCUCUUUUUGGGUAUCUCUCAUUACUGGAAAAAUUAAAAUGGUUAUUUGUAAGACAUCUGGUUUACAAAAUAGCCAAAAGUGAUGGAAUUUUAUUCCAUUUGUCUUGGGAAUGCCCCAUUAUGCUUGUUUUUCUUACAGGUGACUAGCAACUUUCUCCACUUAAAGACUAAAUACCUCUUUAUAUGCUACAAAUCAUUUUAACUCAUUUUAAAGUCUAUUAAGUCAACCAAA